AUGGGAAAAAAAGUUCAAAUGUAUUAAUCAGAUAAGAAUUAGUCAAGUAUUGAAAUAACCAAUAAUGAUUUGAGCACUUUGAAUUGUGACUAUACCAGAGAUACCUUUAAAAUUAUGAGGAAAGAUAGAACCACUAUUAAGAAAAAGAAAAAAUCUAAAAAUCAGAGCAAUUAAAAAUGUAAAACUAAAUAAAAGUUGGAUUCCUAAAUGAAAGGCUAUCAAAAUAAUGAUAAUUAAAAAAGUCUUUAAAUUAAGGAAAAAAGUCUUUAAAUUACAAAUACAAGAGCAAAAAAAGUAAAUAAAAACCAAAAAAGUAUAUUUAAAAAAAAUAUUGAAAAUAAUUCUAAUAUAAACCCAAAAGAGCAUUUUCUUUCAUUAGUCAACUUCAAUACAAUGAAUUUGAAUAGAUUAGGCUUUGGACUAACAUUAGUAGAGGAAAAUGAGUCAAUAUAAGCUAUUACUUAAGAGCCAAUAAAAAUACAAUCGGAGAAUUUCGAUAAUCCAUUCUUUAUUCAUGAUUCUGUUCAAAAGAGCGUUAUUUGCGAUAAUAAUAACAAACAAUUCAGAGGAAUAAAUUAGCCUGCACUAUAAAAAUCAUAAGGAAUAGAAGAUGAAAUCAAACUAAUUGAAGAUUACUAUUUAGAGUAUUAAAGCUAAUUUAAAAAGCUGUAAUAAAAUUGA